GGAACGGUAUUGGAUUUUCAACACCUUUCGUACUUUUCAAUCGAAUUUCAUGUUCUGGAGCAAGCAUUAUGMAUGUCUGCAAACAACAUAAUUGGUGCUAGCAUCACUCGUCGGAGCUGAAUCACACGAUCUGUUGUGUUGAAUAUCAAUUUGGCCAUUCUGCUCGAUUUGUCGCUAGGAAAUGGUGAAUUUGCAAGGUUCACUUCUUAGCUUGGCGUUUCUUGUCACCGCUGACGCAUUCGUGGUUACUCCAAAAAUCAAAACUGGGGAUCGAACCGAUGUGAAAAAAUUGAAUCGAAUUAACGGUUCUAAGCAUUUGUCAUCAUUAAUCGAUACUGCGGAKCAAUCGAASRCUUCUCUUCUGGAUAAUUCGGCAUACGAUGUGGUUGUCGUUGGCAGUGGCAUAGGUGGAUUGUCAUGUGCCGCUAUGCUGGCAAAAUAUGGGUAUUCGGUUGCGGUAUUGGAAAAACACUACAUCCCGGGAGGCGCAGCCCAUGGCUUUAARGUCCGCRCCAAGGGCAUAGAGGGCGACUUUUUAUUUGACACAGGGCCAUCYUUUUUUGCUGGGUUAAACCCUGAUUUAGCCGCCAAGGCCAGCAACCCACUCCGAACCGUAUUGGAUGCGAUUGAAGAGUCAGUGGAAUGCUAUCCAUACACCACCUUUGGAUUGGCGCUGCCGGAGGGGAAUUUUGUGCACACCACCGAUUUUGGAAAGUCGGGAGGUGUUAUCGACCAGGUUGAUGGGAAGAGUGGAACAGARGCCUGGUCGCGGCUCCUGAAGAACAUGGAGCCACUAGCCCAGGCCGUCGAUGCUCUGCCCACUGCUGCCCUUCGUGGUGAUCUCGGUACGGCACUCACGGCUGCCCCGUACCUUGCCAACUUCUCCAAGCUCAAUCCAUUAGAAAACUUAAAGCUGACUAAACCCUUUCAGAACAUCUUGCAAAAUUCGGGGGUCCCGUCGAGUAGUUUCGCYCAACGGUGGUUGGAUUUGCUGUGCUUUUGUUUAUCRGGUCUCACGGCGGAAGGUACAAUAACUGCAGAAAUGGCAAUGAUGAUGGGUGAAUUUUACGAYGAAGACGCUAUCAUGGAUUGUCCAACGGGAGGUAGCAAGAGCAUUGUUGAGGCGUUAGUCAGAGGUAUCGAGAARCUCGGAGGGAAUGUCUUUUGCAAUGCGGCAGUKGAAGAAAUCAUUGUAGAAGACGGAAAAGCGACAGGGGUUCGUCUGUCCAAAGGACGGAUCGUUCGAGCAAAGAAGGCCGUCGUUAGUAACUUAUCUGUUUGGGACUUGUACGGAAGUGGGAUAAUCGAUCAAUCGCUUUUYCCUGAUUCCCUUGUCAAGGAACGGAUGGCAACGCCUGUUGGAAAGUCCUUCAUGCACUUGCAUGUCGGAUUCCGAGCUUCGAAAGCCGAGCUCAAAGAACUUCAGGCACAUUACAUGUACAUUGAUGAUUGGUCAAAGGGUAUCGAAGGGGAAGAUAACGCCGCCCUUUUAAGCAUUCCCAGUGUUCACGACGACAGUUUGGCUCCMGAAGGAUAUGGAGUUUUGCAUAUCUAUACKCCCGCAACAGAAGAAUUCGACCGCUGGGAAGGAUURGACCGCAAAUCAGAUGAAUACAAGUCUCUCAAAGAGGARCGAAGUCAAUACUUGUGGAAAGUAUUAGAAAAGAUCAUACCGGAUAUCAAGGAYCGCGUCGUGGCAUCUCAGGUCGGGUAAGUGAUGCUACUUUUGAACUUYAAUAUCCGURUUCAAUGUCAGAUAUCUUACAAUUCUGUCUUCAUUCUACCCCAACGCGUUGCACGAUAUUCACAGUACCCCUUUGACGCAUAAGAGAUUUCUUAAUCGGUACAAGGGGAGUUAUGGCCCAGCAAUUCGGGCAGGGGAAGCCUCMUUUCCAUUUCCCGGAACCCCUGUCGACGGAUUGCUAGUUUGCGGAGAUAGCACAUUUCCGGGUAUAGGAGUGCCAGCUGUUGCAGGUUCAGGAAUCCUCGCAGCAAAUUCGGUUAGCUGGGACAGUAUAGGCCCUCAGAUGAAGCUACUGAAAGAAAUGAGGAGCAGUACCGCGAGUGUCUAAGCUCGAUGAAUGCAUCCCGAUAUCCAGAACAGUAGCAUCGAUCGAGGUGGAAAUUGUAGACGUGUAAUUUUYAUUCUCAAAUUUUAAAUUAGAUAGACGAAAUAAUGGUUACUCUUUCGA